ACUGUGACGCGUCGUGUUGCUAUGGUCGCUCGUGCGGUGUCGCGGCAUAUCAAAACUUUACAAGAUUAGCGAGUCUUGUACAGCAGUUUCUUAACUUGAAGAAUCCGGGCAAAACAUACAAGAUGGCCCGAAAUUAUCCUGCGAGUACGCAGAUACAGAAGUUUUUAGAAGAAUCAUACAACAAGGAGCGUGAUUCAAGGCUGGCAUGGUACUUUAAAAAGACAGACAAGUCUAAUUCAAUGGCACAGUCCAAACAGUCGGAGGUUGCCAGAAGACAAAUCCAAAACGCACCGAAACCAGCUGAGGAUUUAUUGAACAAAUUACCAGCAGACAGAACACCACAGCGAUUUAACAAGAAAAAGUCAAAUUUCCAAGAUGUUCCUUUAAGAGAGAACAUUUCAGCCGAAAUGUUGAAUGUUGCAAUGCACCCAGUUACUACAAAUGUAAGGAAUAAGCUGUACGACGGAUUCACGAAAGAAGGAAAAGGUCGGUACCAAUAUCUAUGUGACAGGUACAAGGAGAGUCCUGAGGACAAAUUCCAAUUCCCUCUACUUAGUUCCUGGGAAUAUGGAUGGCGGUUGGGAGAUGUUGUAAAGAAAAGUGAAAUUAAGAAACCCCCAUUUGGACGUACAAGGAUAGUAGCAGAUACCUUUUACACAAGGACUGGCAUUCCUGGCAACCCCUGUGUCGAUGUGUGAAGGUAACAUUUAACUUAUUAACAAUGAUUAAUUUACUUUUGAAUUAAUUAUGAAGUCUUCUGCAAAAGUAUUAAUGAGGAAAAACUAAAGCAUUUUGUGAUAUCACUUGUGGAAAACAAACUGUGUCGUCGUUCGUCUUGUCUGUGACCGUGUUCUGGUGUACGUAACCAGCUUCAGUGAAUAAUACGAUUGUUCCUGGUACCGCGCCAUUAUUGGUUUCGUUACGGAUAACAUGUGCCUGGAGAGAGGGGAACCUAAACGUAUAUAUAGCUGUUGGAUAUAAUUGUGAUAAAAUUGUGUUUUGUUUGUUGAACAUCUUUAGGAGUGGAAACGUGUUUAUUACUUUUUAUAGCAAUCAAUUAUUAAUGGAAUUUUUGAUGUCUGUCAAAUCUUAUAAAAAUCCACACCGUAAAAUUAUUUUUAUUUGCUCAACGUAGCAUCUUCUAGUAUUUGUUUUGUGUAUGGUAAUAUUGUUAAUUAUAAUGCAAUAUGAAAAUGUGUACAUAAUUAUCAUGUGUGAAUAUUAUACUUUGAAUUAUAUACAUAUCAUAAUGGAUCAGAGAAUAUUCAUCCAGUUCUCUUUUCAAACCCUUAAUCAGUGCCGUCCGUCCAAAGCUGGCAGAUUUUUGUCUUUAUCCAAUUGUAAAUACUUGUACAUAAUGGUUUAUUUGUACAUACGAAUGUUUAUUGAUGUAGAGUUAUUUCUGGGCUUUAGUAUAAAUUAAUGUAUGUUUUAUAUGUAUGUAUCUAUUACAGCUUCACACCAAUUCAGGAAAACAAAUCUUGCAUAAAAACUGUAAAAAACAA